AACAACCAUAAAUAAUUUUGAUCGUAAUCAUGAAAAAGCUUCUUAAAAUAAACUUCAAUUAAAUCGAAUUCAUAAAUUUUUUUAACAUUCAUUACCAGAUGAAUGGGGAGGAAAUAAAAAAGGAUAAGAUCCUUAUACAUUUAGCAUAAAUGAUUCUGAUGAUGAUAAUAAAGAAAAAGAUAAAUAGGAAAAAAACGAGAAAGAUGUAGAAAAUAAAGAUUAAAAUGCAUAUGAAAAACAUUAUUCUCAAUUUAUUACCAGGGAAUAAUUAGGAAAUGCCGGAUGGACAUUAUUACAUAUGAUUUCAGCAACAUAUCCUGUGGAAGUUACAAAAGAUUUUGUAGAUAGAACUAAUUUAUUUUUGAAUUUAUUCGGUUAAUUUUAUCCUUGUAAAGAAUGUGCAUAACAUUUCCUAGAGCAUACUAAAGAUUUUUAAUUUAAAGGUAGAGGAAGGGAAGAUUUUAUGGAAUAUAUGUGCUAAUUACAUAAUAUUGUUAAUAAAAGUCUUAAAAAAGAAGAAUUUGAUUGUAGUAAAAUUUAAGAAAGAUGGGGUGGUAAUUGUGGAUGUUCUUCAAAAGAUAAAAAACCAGAUGAAUGA